AACCGGACAAGUUUGUUUUUAAGCUCGUUGUCGUUUCGGAGCGUUUGUUUUAGCUCGCGGUCUGUUUUUAAGUGCGCGAGACGAGAAAAAAAAGAAGAGUAAGGAGCUGUCAACACGCCACAAAGUUGUUUUCUACAUAUUUUUUUUUACGUUACAUCGACGACAAAGGAGCGUAAAUUGUUAAAUAUUUUUUCACUUUUUAAUUUAUUUUAUUUUUAGCUAAACUUCCUCGCGCCGUCUCGUCGCCAUGGAGAAGUCCGACUGUCACUCAGCAACGCAGGAGUACCCACAUCCGUUCAUUCACGAGGUGAAGCUGAGCAGGACGCAGAGAAUCAGGGGAAUCAUCCUGGGCAGCAUCCUCUUCCCUCUCCGCGUCACCCUGGCGGCCCUCUUCUUCCUCAUCAUGUGGCCCAUUGCCCGGCUGCGAUUGGCCGGCCUGUCCGAGGAAGAGCGCUCUCGACCCGUCACGGGCUGGCGGCGCUGGCUUUUCCACCCAAUCAUCUUGCUGCUGAGCCGAGCCGUGUUCUUCUCGCUGGGUUUCCUGUGGGUGAAGGUCAAAGGUCGCAGGGCAGAUCUGAAGGAGGCGCCGGUGCUGGUGGUGGCACCUCACAGCGGCUACCUGGACAUGCUGGUUCUGUGUCCAACCCAACUGGCAACGGUGGUGUCGCGAUCGGAGAACACUAGCCUGCCGGUCAUCGGAGCUCUGCUGGAGUUCAACCAGUCUGUGCUCGUGAGCAGGAAAGAUCCAGAGUCGAGGAAAAAGGCAGUUGCUCAGCUCAAUGAGAGGCUGACCUCCAAAGGUUACUGGCCUCAGAUGCUGAUGUUUCCAGAGGGAACCACAACUAACGGCCAUGCUCUCCUCAAAUUCAAGCCCGGUGCCUUUCUUGCGGGAGUUCCUGUCCAACCUGUUGUGUUGCGUUACCCCAACAAGCUGGAUACCAUUCGUUGGACAUACAAAGGAACAACCUGGAUCGAGGCCCUGUGGCACACCACGUCACAGCUCUACACCAACAUGACUGUUGAGUUCCUGCCAGUUUACAACCCUUCCCAGGAGGAGAAGAAUGACCCCAACCUCUACGCAGACAAUGUUCAGAAACUCAUGGCCAAGGCCUUAGGAGUCCCAGCUACCGACUAUGUGAUGGAGGGCCGGGUUCCUGUCAGUAAACUGGGUGGUCUGUCUCUCCCGCUGGAGUCUCCUGCCAGAGAAACACUGUCACUGCUGCGCAGAAAUGGUGUUGGAGCACACAAAAUAGAAGCAAUGCUGGAAAGAAUGAUCAACAGGUGUGAGUCGGACGCUCAUGGGUCAAAGGCCAGUGUCGAGGAGCUCAUCUCUAUUCUGGCAUUAACGGAUAAACAGACAGCCGACCGUAUCUGUGGCCUCUACUCAAAGGAUGAAACCGUGGACCUGAGACAGAUCUUCUUCAGUGUUUCAGCCCUGACUGGAUUCGUCAGCUUCAAGUCUCUACUUCAUGCUGCUUUUACUAUGUUUGACAGAGAGAGCAGAGGCAGUCUGAGUGCAGAGGAGCUGUCGCACCUCAUGGGGGCGCUGCUGGGCGUCCCUCAGCACAACACCGCUGAGCUCUACGCCGAGGCCUCCAGUCAAGGCCAGCUGACUGAAGAAAAUCUGCUGCGAGUGCUGACGACCCACCCGACCUAUCAGAAGGUGGUGAACGAAUACCUGCAGCCCGAGGAGGCGGGCUCUCAGCUGUCAUUCACUUCUCUGUCCAAUGGGAAGGCUGUGAACAACAACGGAAACAUGCACAACGGCAACGGACCCGUCCUCUACAGCAAGAAGUUGGAAUGAGAGUUUUGUUUUUCCGGUUAGUUUUGCUUCCUCGAACCAGAAUGAACGACAAAGGAUUGUAUUAUGUCUGAGUGUGUGUCAGAGAGGAUGUUUACGGAUGUAUUUUUAAAUCAACUGCAGUGAACCUAAAAGACUUGGUGAUGCUUCAGUGGCUGUCUGAGGUGUGUGUGUGUGUGUGUGUGUGUGUGUGUGUGGACCUGAAGGUGUUGUUUACUGGUGUGCCUUUUUAAUUCAUGUUCACGUGUUGUCCUGGAUGCUGUUAAAGGAUUCUGUCACUGUUGUCAUUUGAAGCCAUAAAGUGUCUUAUUUAUAAAAUCACCUUUUGUGUACUGUUUUGUAUUUUAUGAGGGACGUUGGUAUGUUCAAAAACAAACCAAACACUCUGUAAAUCUAAACGUUUAUUGUAUAUAAAUGGAUUCUUACAUGUUUGUGUGAAUAUUGUUUGUUCAAUAAUUAAACUGUGAAUUCUUUUAACCACA